AUGGCGAUAAUUGAGCCUGAGAUGAUUAAUCAAAAUAUAAGAAGUGAUCAUUCUGAGUCAAGUCAUUUCUCAAAUUCCAAAGAAACUUACAAUGGUACUGUACGUGUUGCUGCGUCGUAUGAUAUGGGUUACAGUACAAAAAGAAGUGGAAGAACAUACGAUAGUAUGAAUGGAUAUGCAGCAUUCUUGGGUAGAGAAACUGGUAAAGCCAUAGAUUAUUUAACAACAAAUCGUGGUUGUAGAAUGUGUGCCCUAGGUCAUCCCAAAUCAGACCACGAUUGUAGGCUAAACUUCGUUGGAAGUGCAAAAGCUAUGGAACCUUUUGCUGCUGCAAGUAUGACUUCCAGUAGUAAAAUUUUUAAAGAGCAUAAUAUUGAAGUUGGAAUUUUAAUUGGAGAUGACGACAGCUCAACAAUUGCUGCUGUCCGUGCUGCAAGCCAAUCACAAGUGAUUAAGUUCUCGGACAAAAAUCACACUAGUCGCGGUGUUUCAAACACACUUUAUAAAUAUGCCAAAGCUCACAAGGAAUUGAAAAGUGACGCAAUAUCAUAUCUGCAUCGGUGUUUCACAUAUGCAAUUUCUCAAAAUGCAGGAAAUACCAAAGAAGUAGCUGAUGCUUCAAGAAAUAUUCCUGACCAUGCCUUUAACAACCAUAAUAAUUGUGGCCAUUGGUGUAGAUAUGUGAAGAAUCCUUUAACUUAUGACCAUAAAGUUAUUAAAGGAGGUUUCCAGAGCCCUGAUUUAUAUAAAGAUUUAAAACAUAUAUUCGGGAAAUUAGCAGAUAACGCGGAUCGGUUUGCUGCUGGUGCAUCUAGCCAAGCAAACGAAAGUCUGAAUGCUACUAUGACAAGCCAUUACCCUAAGUCUCGAUGCUACUCUCAGACGGCUUCUGGAGAUUUUCGGUUUGCCUGCGCUAUUGGUGAGAAAAAUUUCGGAGAAAGAUACCUUCAAGAAGCUGCAACGAAAAGACUUUUAUCUCCUGGCUUUCACACGACUAAAUACGUGGACAGAAAAGAAAAAGAAGCAAAAAGACGAUAUUUAAGAACAAAACGUCCAGAGUUUAAAAAAAGGCGUUUGUUUUUAAAAGAACAGCGUACUAAUCUGCGCAAGAAGAAAGAAGAUAUGGAAGGUAUCCAGUAUGAAUCUAAUAUGGGAUUAUUUUCAACAAAUGUUGCCCACGACUCUAUUCUUAUUACAGAGGGUAUAAAUGAAGAGAUCAAUGAAGCUGAUGAUAAUGGAACACAAGUUUCAGAACCUAUUGCAGUAUUUGUUGAUUUGGAAACAUCAAGCUUUUCAAAACAAUCUGAUAUUCUUCAAAUUGCGGCUCAAUACAAUAAAUCCAAAUUUUCAGUUUAUGUCAACCCUACUCAAAAAAUUGCUGCACAAGCAUCUGAGGCAAAUGGUUUAACAAAUGUUAGAGGUGAAUUGAUGCUCAAUGGUACUAGAGUACCAUCAAUUCCACUGAGAUUAGCUUUGGAUGCUUUUCGUAACUUUCUGACGAAACUGAAGCAUCCGGUGGUUUUAGUUGCUCACAACUGCAAAUUUGAUGCUCCUAUUCUUAUUAAUUCUGUUAAAAAAAUGACUAUGACGGAUGACUUUGGGUCUGUGGUUGUAGGUUUUGCAGAUACACUGCCUCUUAUUAAAUCAGUAACAAAUCGUAAAGGAAAAGGAGAGUGUACUCUAACAGGUCUGGCUUCAUGGCUACAAAUUUCUGCGGAUGGUGCGCAUAAUGCUGUAUACGAUGUUUUAAUGCUGGUGCAAAUUAUUGAGAAUCUUCAAAUCACAACAAAGCAAUUAAUGGAUCGCAGUAUAACUUGGAGUGAUACAAUUGCGAGUAUUCGUAAUGCCGAAAAAUCAGCUACACUGUUAAAAACACUCGACAAAUUAGGAACUUGCAUAUCUACUGGCAUGAAAAAAAAAAUUGCUGAUGCUGAUAUUACCUAUGAAGAUUUAAUCAACACUUUUUGUGAUGAUGGGGAUGCAGGAAUAAAAAAAUUAUUAGGAAAAGAUGAAAAUGACAAAGUUCGUGUUACUAAAACUAAAACAAUUAUUGAAAAUUUGUUAAAUCAUUUAAGAACCAAAGGUUUAUAA